GGCCGGUGCGGAGGGUCGCCCUUUCGCCAUGGCCCGGGCUGAGCUGGACUACACCAUCGAGUUCCCGGAUCAGCCCUCCUGGAGCCAGAGAAGGCAGUCUUCCUUUGGAGAAGCACCUCUCCAUUAUUUUUUGCAGUAGUAACAGCAGUCUGUGCCUUCAAGUAGAACGCUGCUCAAAACUUUCUUCUGCCUUCUGUGUUUGAAUGACCUUUGAUAAACUGCCUGCCCUGGACUCGAGUUUUCUCUGCAAAACGAGAUUAAAAGGACAGCUCCAUCCAAGAUGGGAAGGAGGCAAGGACACGACAGCCUGUGGUGAUUCUUUUGGGCUGGGGUGGCUGCAGGGAUAAGAAUCUGGCCAAGUACAGCGCCAUCUACCAUAAAAGGUGCCUGGGAUGGGGUGGGUGAUGGGGAGUGACCAGAGGUGGACAUAAGGUCGCCUUAGCUCAGAAGCCUGAGGCCCACAGGUGUUAGUCUCAUGGAGAUGCCACCUAGAUCUGAGAGGGCUGCAUUGUGAUCCGAUAUACAGCCCCAUGGCACAUGGUCUUCUUCUCUGAGUCUCUGGGCAUCCCUUCACUUCGUGUAUUGGCCCAGAAGCUGCUUGAGCUGGUCUUUGAUUAUGAGAUUGAGAAGGAGCCCCUGCUCUUCCACGUGUUCAGCAAUGCUGGUGCCAUGCUGUAUCGCUACAUGGUUGAGCUCCUGCAGACCCACGUGCGCUUCUGCCACCUGCAUGUUGUGGGUGCCAUCUUUGACAGCGGUCCUGGUGACAGCAACCUAGUAGGAGCCCUGAGGGCCUUAUCUGUCAUCCUGAGGCACCGAUCUGCCAUGCUGCGCCUGUUGUUUCUGGUGGCCUUUGCCCUGGUGGCAGUCCUGUUCCACAUUCUGUUUGCUCCACUCACUGGCCUCUUCCACACCCACUUCUAUGACAGGCUACAGGAUGCAGGCUCCCACUGGCCUGAGCUCUAUCUCUACUCAAGGGGCGAUGCAGUGGUCCGGGCCAGGGACGUAGAACGCAUGGUGGAAGCACGGCUGGGCCACCAGGUCCUGGUGCGUUCUGUGGACUUUGUGUCAUCAGCACAUGUCAGUCAUCUCCUUGACUACCCUACUUACUAUGCAAGCCUCUGUGUCGACUUCAUGCACAACUGUGUCCAAUGAUGAGGUUCUGCCCCUCCUGCUACGGAAAUAAAUGCCUGAUACCUUCCUCCACCA